UCCAGCUAUGUAAUGUUUUUCGGACCCAUGAGAUGGAAAUUGAGCAGUGCUUGCUGGAGUCCCUCCCCCUCGGCCAGCGGCAGCGGCUGGUCAAGCGCAUGCGCUGUGACCAAAUAAAGGCCUAUUACGAACGAGAAAAAGCUUUCCAGAAACGGGAGGGCUACGGGAAAAAGCUGAAACAUGGAAAGAGUCAACGAGUUCGUUUUAAUCUGGCUGAUAUGAUACAGGAUGCAAUCAUACGUCACGAYGAUAAAGAAGUGCUCCGGCUGUUGAAGGAUGGUGCUGACCCUCAUAUGGUGCUUUCCUCAGGAGGCUCCUUGCUCCAUCUGUGUGCUCGCUAUGAUAAUGCAUUUGCUGCAGAAAUUCUAAUCGACAGAGGAGUAAAUGUAAAUCAUCAAGAUGAGGAUUUUUGGACAUCAAUGCACGUAGCCUGUGCCUGUGAUAAUCCUGAUAUUGUCCUGCUACUGCUACUAGCUGGAGCAAAUGUGCUUCUGCAAGAUGUUAAUGGAAAUAUUGCACUCGAUUAUGCUGUAGAAGGGACUGAAUCCAGCAGYAUCCUUCUGAUGUACUUGGAGGAAAAUGGUGUAGAGCUGAAUUCCUUGCGCCAGAUGAAGAUCCAGAGAGCUAUGACGAUGCUCACAGAUGUCCGACAGCUCAUCUCAAGUGGAGGGAGCGUGAAUCAAAAGAAUGAUGAAGGAGUUACCCUGCUACAUGUGGCCUGUGCUAAUGGAUACAAGAAUGUUGCAGCUCUGAUACUGGAUCAUGGGGCUGAUCUCAAUGUGGUGGAUAAUCAGUACUGGACACCCCUACAUUUGGCUGCAAAGUAUGGACAGACCAAUCUGGUGAAGCUGCUUUUGAUGCACCAGGCAAAUCCCAAUCUYCUUAACUGCAAUAAUGAAAAGCCUUCAGAUGUUGCAGCUUCUGAUUUUAUUGAGGAAAUGCUUCUGAAGGCUGAAAUUGUUUGGGAGGAAAAAAUGAAAGAYCCUUUAGCUGUUUCUACUUUAUCUCAAGAAGAGCCAUAUGAAGAGAUCCUCCAUGAUUUGCCCACAAUUUCCAAUAAACUCAAUCCCCUGGCUUUACCGAUUGCCAAGCAAGACAGUUUGCUGGAGAAAGACACCAUGUUCAAAGAUGCAGCUAAAGGCUUAUGCAAGCAGCAGUCUCAAGACAGCACAUCUGAAAAUGUCACUGUGAAUACCACAGCCAAGCUUGAGCAGAUCAAGCUAAUGCCUCCAGCUCCAAAUGAUGACCUGGCUUCUCUGAGUGAGCUAACAGACAGCAGCCUGCUUUAUGAGAUCCAGAAGCGUUUCAACAAUAAUCAGAUAUAUACCUACAUUGGUGAUAUACUGUUGCUUGUUAACCCAUUUAAAGAACUUCCUAUUUAUUCUACCAUGGUCACCCAGCUUUAUUUAAGUAACUCUGGAAAACUAUGUUCCUCACUUCCCCCACAUAUAUUUUCCUGUGCUGAAAGAGCUUACCACAUGCUAUUCCAGGAGCAGCGUCCCCAGUGCUUUAUCCUCAGCGGAGAAAGUGGUUCUGGGAAGACUGAAGCCUGCAAACAAAUAGUGAAACACCUCACUUGCAGAGCCRGCUGCAGCAGAAAUGCCUUUGAUACAAAGAUAAAACAUGUAAACUGUAUCCUGGAGGCCUUUGGACAUGCUAAGACACCCUUGAAUGAUUUUUCCAGCUGUUUUAUAAAGUAUUUUGAACUACARUUUUGUGAGAGGAAAAAAACAUUAAUUGCAGCUAGGAUUUAUACAUACAUGUUGGAGAAGUCUCGUGUCAUUGCCCAGCCUCUCAACCAGAGUAAUUUUCAUGUUUUUUACUUGAUGAUGGAUGGGUUGUCUGCUGAAGAAAAAUACUCCUUGUACCUCAGUAAUUUGUCUGCACACAGGUAUCUAAGCCAGACUGUACCUGAAGAGAUGAUGCUAACAGCCAACCCUCAAAACAGGGAGAAAUUAACCAUACUAAAACAAGCUCUGGGUGCUCUGGGAUUCAAUAGCUUGGAGGUGGAGAACCUGUUUGUAAUUCUCUCAGCAAUUCUGCAUCUCGGAGACAUUCGCUUUACGGCUCUGACAGACGCUGAGACAGCAUUUGUGUCAGACCUGCAGCUCCUGGAACAAGUGGCAGGGAUGCUGCAGGUUUCACCAGACGAGCUUGCUUCAGCCCUAACAACUGAUGUUCAGUAUUUUAAAGGAGACACGAUUGUUCGGAGGCACACUAUAGAGAUUGCAGAUUUUUACCGGGAUCUCUUGGCAAAAUCUCUGUAUGGUCGUUUAUUUAGCUUUUUAGUCAACACAAUCAACUGCUACCUUCAAAAUCAAGAUGAGASUGGCAGUGACCAGGUGUUUGAAAUUGGAGUGUUAGAUAUUUUUGGAUUUGAAGAAUUUCAAAAGAAUACUUUUGAACAGCUGUGUGUCAACAUGACCAAUGAGAAGAUUCACCAGUACAUCAAUGAAGUGCUUUUCCUACAAGAGCAAGCAGAAUGUGUACAAGAGGGAGUUGCCAUGGAAACRAUGUAUUCUCCUGGUGACCAUACUGCAGCCUUGGAUUUUUUCUUUCAGAAACCAUCAGGCUUUUUGUCAAUGCUGGAUGAAGAAAGCCAAUCUGCUUGGUCAGUGGAACAGAGUCUUUCUAAACGCAUUCAGUCUUACCUGGAUACAUCAGACACAAACACAGUAUAUUCCUCCACAAAAGAUGGAAAUGGUAACCUUGCCCCAAAGGAUCUGGGCUCCACUUUCACUGUUAUGCAUUAUGCUGGGAGGGUUACAUAUGAAAUUGCUGGUGCGAUAGAAAAAAAUAAAGAUUCCCUAUCACAAAAUCUCAUAUUUGUAAUGAAAACUAGUGAAAACRUAGUCAUCAAUCAAUUGUUCCAGUCCAAACUGACACAGACUGGAUCACUUGUUCCUCCAUAUCAUUCCCUUAAAAUCAAAGGGUGUAAAGCAGCUUUGCUCAAUAAAAAAACAUCUGUAACCUGUGCAAGUGGAGGAGCAAAGAAGUAUAUUGAACUCAGCAAGCUGCUGAAAAAGAAAGGAACAUCCUCAUUUCUUCAGAGACUGGAACGAGGGGGCCCAACCACUGUGGCGAUACAGCUCAGGAAAUCACUUGCAGACAUUAUUGGGAAGCUGCAGAAUUGCACACCACAUUCCAUUCACUGUAUAAAGCCUAAUAACUCCAAGUUGCCCGAUACUUUUGAUAAUUUUUAUGUGUCUGCUCAGCUGCAGUAUAUUGGUGUCCUAGACAUGGUCAAAAUUAUACGACAUGGGUAUCCAAUACGUCUCUCUUUCACAGACUUCUUGUCAAGGUAUAAAGAUUUGGCUGAUACAGCAGCAGGAGAGAAGAAGAAAUUGUCUGCCAAGGAGAGAUGUCGUCUUGUUCUUCAGCAGUGUAAAUUACAAGGCUGGCAGAUAGGAGUCCGAAAAGUGUUUUUAAAGUACUGGCAAGCUGACCAUCUCAAUGAUUUGUGCCUUCAGCUUCAGAAGAAAAUUAUAACCUGCCAAAAAGUUGUAAGAGGAUUUCUAGCUCGYCAGCGCUUGCUCCAGAAGAUGAGCAUCAAACAGCAAGAGGUCACCUCAAUCAAAAGCUUCUUGCAGAACGCUGAGGACAUGGGGCUGAAAACMUACGAUGCUUUGGUUAUUCAAAAUGCUUCUGACAUUGCCCGGGAAAACGACCGGCUCCGCAACGAGAUGAAUUCUGCUUACCACAGGGAAAAGGUAGAGGCUAGAAACAGACCAGAGGAAGGCCACAAAAGASCCGAAGACAAGGCUGGGAAGGUCUCUGAGGACAGCUUUGCCGGCUGUCGGACGUCGAAGCACUUUCACUCCAGCUCCGUGCCCGUCCCCAUGGCAGUGGAGGGCUUGGUGCACUCUGYGGCUGGGUCAUCCAUCAGAUCCCCCUCCCUGCACUCCGUUUUCAGCAUGGACGACAGCAAUAGCCUGCCAUCACCAAGGAAACAGCCUCCUCCCAAACCAAAGAGGGACCCCAACACACGACUGAGCGCCUCCUACGAGGCUGUUAGUGCCUGCUUGUCGGCAGCUUCUAAGGAAACCGCUAAUGAAGUACUGACCCGUCCAAGGCCACAUAGUGACGACUACAGUACCAUGAAAAAAAUACCUCCCAGAAAACCAAAACGAAGCCCUAAUACAAAACUUAGUGGCUCUUAUGAAGAAAUACCUGGCCAAAAGCCUAGGGAUGUCAAAAAAACAAGCACAGUAGUUAAACCAGGUGUCUAUGACACUGUGAGUGUACAGAGAACAGCUUCUACUGAUGGACCACAACAYGGCGUGUUGAAUCUCUUUAUGUCACAAGAAGAGGAGGAAAAUGAGCCUGUCUAUAUUGAAAUGGUGGGGAAUGCAAUGAAAAGCAGUUCUGCUGAAGCGGAGAGUCCAGAGCAGGGAGAGUCUGUGUAUGAAGAAAUGAAGUAUUUUCUACCAGAAGAAGGAGGCAAUGGUAAUGGAAUAAUUCCAGUAGUGACUGGAUCUCCUCCUCUGUURUUUGAAAGCAAAAAAAAUGUUAACAUUGAAGAUGGAACAUUGGAUGGAAACACUCAAGCAGCUUUGAUCUACAAAGACUCAUGCGACAUUCCAGCCCCUUUCCCUAACCUGCUCCCCCACAGACCACCGCUUCUUGUAUUCCCUCCAACCCCUGUCACGUGUUCACCUGCUUCUGAUGAAUCACCUUUAACACCACUAGAGGUCAAAAAGCUUCCUGUUUUGGAAACCAACCUGAAAUAUCCUGUGCAGUCAGAAGGCUCAAGUCCAUUAUCACCCCAGUACUCCAAAGGCCAGAAAGGAGAGAACGAAAGACCAGUAUCUCCAGGCUUGAUUGUGUUCAAYGUUUCCACCAAAGUGACUCCUCCUUCCACGCCACCUCCUCCUGUGCCACCACCCCCUCCUCCCGUGCCACCUCCUGCUUCCUACCGGGCUUCCACACAUUUCGCAUCUCCUCCGGAGACUUGUGCUAGUUUUCUGAUUAAUGCAGGGAAAACAGGUGCGAACUCAGAUCCGUCAAAAGUACCUCAGAGACCCAAUCCUGCUCAGCUUGGAGGCUCACCUUCUCCAUUCUCCAAACUGCCUUACUCUCCAAAGGUGGCAAGAGCGGAUCACAGGAAAUUGAACUCMAAUUCCUCAUCUUCAUUUCCAUACAGCCCUACAAACUCAAGGUCAUUGACCAGUCCCCUUGAUGAGUUAACUAGCUUGUUCAACUCAGGGCGGAGUGUGCUACGAAAAUCUGCAGCAGGACGUAAGAUCAGGGAGCCAGAAGGUGCUGAAACUAAUCUGAACUUGAGGAGCAGGGAUGAUCCAAAUACAUCAGAUUCUGGAUCAGAAACACAGGACAAAAAUGCAAAUAACCAUGGAACUCAGUCAUCUAAUCCACUGUCCAGUUCUGUGACUGCUGAGAAUGGAAAUUCAGUAUCAAAUGGUUUACCAGAGGAAAAUGAAUAUUCAAGACUGUCGGCCAGCACUACAGCAGGCUCAUCAAUUCAAAGACACAGGGAGAGCCACACUAGUCAGGUUAUUCAUCAGCUUAGACUUUCCGAGAAUGAGAGUGUGGCUCUGCAAGAGCUUCURGAUUGGAGGAGAAAGCUGUGUGAAGAGAGAGAAGACUGGCAGCAAAUAUUGCACAAUACUGAGCAAAGAAUCUCAGCCCCACCUCCACCCCCUUGUAAGAAGCCGACGCUGCUGAAGAAGGUAGAAGAUACCUCCUGCAACAGACUCUCUUCAGGCAUAUGGGAUACCACCAUAUGAGUCAGAUGUGUGUCUGCAGACUGUUAGGAGCAAAACCAUCUAAUGACUUCAAUCUGCACAAUCAGCAAGGUUUCUUCCCUUCACAAAACGUGCAGGGAUUUUUUAUAAGCACUAAUUCGAUAGCACAGGAUGGAGGAGCUGUUUAGAUCUGUCGUCUGUGUGUGUACGUGUGUGUGUUUGUUCUUUUCAUAUAUAUACAUGGAUACAUAUAUGUGUUAACUGGUGAGUAUAUAUAUGUAUGCAUGUGUAUAUAUAUGGAGACAAACUGCACUAUCAGUACUUCGUUUAAAAGUACAAAACAGUCACUUGGAGUUCUCCCAUGGACAGUGGAGAAACUAUGUUGAGAUCAUCAAAGGAUGAUGGGGAGAAGUGACUGACAGACAUUUUAGAGAGAUCAGGAAAGUCUGUGUGCACACUGUACAGCUGUUUUAUACAGUACAAAAAGAUGUUUCUUGUUCCCUAAUGAAUGGGUUUAUUAUAUUACAUGUAUACAUAUAUAUAUUUCUUUGUAGAUGUCUGUGUUCCAUGGAGAUUAUUUACAUGUUUAUUUCUGGUGUUUUAUAACUUCAUGCAAUUGGUGCUGUCGUUCUUUCUUCAAAAUACAGGUAAUAAAUUCAGUACUUGCAUUUUUCUUYUUUAUCUUUAACAACAUACCAAACAGUUUCAACACUGUGUUAUUUCUUUCAGAACUGACAAUAUCCUUUUUAAAAUCCAACCCUGAAAUUCUUGCAAUGCUCYUGUGUGCAGGAGUGAUUUGGUGCUGUAACAGUAAUGAAUUAGAGACCAUUACUUCUUUUUGACAGACCUGCAUUUCUGGAUGUGUGACCUGUGAAUUUUCCAGUUACAUCUCAAAUCUUACUUSGUUCUGGGUUAUGUAAAAUAAUGAGGCACUCAUUUAGAUUAUAAGUGUGGUUUGAAAUUCMUACCUGAUUAUGUGUAAGGUCAGGUGUCAGUGGAAAGAUACAUAAUGGUAAUGAGGKAUGAAAAUAGGUCUGUGAUUUACUGUUACAAGCCAGAAGGCUUUGCASAGAUGGGUAUAUCAAAGCAUUAUGUCCUGAUUGUGGUAGCACAGUGAUGCCUUUAUACCUCAAAUUUCAUGUAAUGAAAUGGUUUCAGAAAUUGCAGCAUUCUAGUUGGCGUACAUGACUUCUGAGCAGUAAUGUUAAUUUAUGAAGAACAUGCUGCUGGGAACUUGUUAGUUAUUGCUCAGCAGUCUUUGAAAUACUGCUUUGCCACUAAAGGUAUUUUUCUGGGGCUACUUAUUUUAAGUUCUUGGAGUAUGUAGAGUCAGUGUGAAACCUUUUUCUUGGGGAUUGUUUAUCCCAUUCCUACUGAGAGCCAGGAAAAAGUGUUUCCAGUUUUACAAGUGGAUAUAAAACAAAUAUUUUCAAAUGUAAGCUAGGUCUAAAAUGGUGAGCUCACUCUUGGUUGGAAGUUGUUGGAAAAGGAAAAAAUCCAUAGAGGUGUAGGUUUUUCCAUCAUGUUUGACAGAAGUUUYCAGCAGGCUGAAUAGCAAAAAGCAGUCACAUGCUUGUUUGUUUGUUUAUACAGGGAAGCAGCAAAACUCAAAUUGUUCCCUUGAGUAUCAUCAAGCCAUAGGCAGAAUUAAGCAUCUCCUCUUGCUGCAGWUUAAAAGAGACAUUUUGAGUGGACAAAGAAGGGGAGACUCCAAAGGGAGCUCAGAAUUUUACCUUGUUACCACUGUUAGCUUCACAGAAGUCCUCUGUGUAAGUUUAUCCAUUUCUAUUUCACGGGGAAUGAGGAACUCUGGACUCCAGAAUCUUACCUUUGACUGAUGUUAAUGGUCACAGAUAAUGACUUUAUCCAGGAGGGACAGGUAACCCCUGUGAGUGAGGUUAUGCAGAAAACAACUCAGUUCUGUCAGAAUGAGGCUGUGCCUGCAAGAACCGAUGUUUCUGUUUUUUUGCUCAGAUAACCAGGGACACACAGAGAUCCCUCUGUGAGUGUGAAAUGAAGCAGCUCCAGCACUGGGUGCAGGAGAGUUAAUUAACCUGACCUUGCAGCUCUGUUGCUUCCAGGGUGCAGGUUGUUAUCCCUACAUGGCACAGCAUCCCUAUCCAUACCACGAGAAGAUGCACCCAGGCAGUGCUGGGCGCCUCGGUGCUCUGAGAAGUGCAGACAUGCCCUGGGGCUUAUCACUCCCCAAACGGGCUGGCAAACAGCCCUUUCCUAAGCUCUCUCAUAUUGCUGGCCCUAAUGCUCGCUAGCUGGCUCGGCCACGGGUAGCAAUCAAUCCACAGCAGCCUGGAAGUUUAAGACAAGCUGCAAAAACUAAAUGAGAGGCCAGUUUCGAUCGUGCCAAAAUCCCUGCUACUGCAGYGAGCUUGCUCCCAGCCACCGAGCCAUUUGUAAGGUGAGCCUGUGUGUCUCUGGAUGAUGCUGUUGUCAUUGCUGCACUUGGAAUGUGGGAGUACCCAGAGGGGAGAAAUUCAUUUGUCAAAUGGAGUUUAAAAUGGGAAACAGUAUCAUUCUCCUACUUGCAGUCCUUACUAAAAGCUGUGAGCAGCCUCAGCUGCAGGAGCUCAAAUGGAAUCUUAAGGAACUUUUUGCUCCUCGCUCAAAGUCCAUAUUGUGCCCUAUUACAGCAGUAUGAACAAGUGUGGGGAAAAAAGGUAUGUAGAUUUUCUAGAGAUUUCAUCACUACAGUUCCAUGGGCGAAGCCAGUACACCCCUGAUUCUGGCAAUCUGAUUCUACAGACAAUGAGCAAAGCAGAUUGUAACCCCCUGAGCAGAAGGCCUUUGUGCUAUUUUUUGCAAACUUGGAUAAGACAUAUAUUUUCUGGGGCUGUUCUUUAAAAUGUGUCACCACAGUGAAAUAUGACAAAAGAAUUUUUUGGUUUGUUUCAAUUUUGUUUUCAAUUCCAUGUUACAUAAUGGAAAGAUUUUACUUGGAAAGAUUUUUCAGGAUAUUCCAUUAAAUACAGUACUAUACGAAUAAAGCAUUUGCAUUAAAACAUGUUUUAAAUAUUUCUCUAAUGGCAGUAAGACACUCCAGAGUGUGACUUAUGAUGACAUAAUUCACACCUAGUGUGUUCAUUGGUCCCUUGGCCCUUUGGCCUCAUGCCUAACAAUGCAGUUGGUAGGGAAUUAUUAUACCAUAAUUCACACCCUACUGUGUCUUAUUGCUUAAAUAACCAUACCCCCAGAGGUGUCUUAAAACUACCAUUAAAGUUUAUAUUGUGUAUCAAAAUGUGUUUACAGGGCUGGGAAAAUGUACUAUUGACAUUUUGAAGUGUUGAGAAGUAGUUUUAGCAGAACUGUACAGUGCUUGUAAAUUAAUCUCCCCAGUGGAGURUGCACCAGCCAAUUACCGUAUUUCUUGAGUAUAUGAAGUCCUGUCUUGCACAUUAAAAAAUAGCUUAGACAAAAAAAAAAAAGCCUUAUGAAACUUAAUAUUCUGAAGGGGAAGAUUAAACUCUGUGGGCAUGCUAAUGCCCUUAAUAUCCAGUGAACAAUCUAAAAUAUGUUUAUAUUUGCAAUAAAGCAAUUUCAGGAUGCUGGGAUUAUCAUCAGAUAAUCACUCCUCCACAUUGUGCCUUAUUGCUUAAUUUUUAGUAUGUAAAAAAACCGAAACGCCUAACAAACCAACCUGUCCUUCAGCAUAAGGUAAGAAGAAUCAGAUAUGUUUUACACUUUAAAAAGUCAUUGGCUGUAGAASCAAGGGAAUUCUGAAACCAUAUUAAGCCACAAUAAGAGAAAAACAACAUCUAUUGGCAUGAGACAUUUUUUAAAGCUUGUAUACCUUACUUGUUACUCCUGAAAUAGCAUUGGUGUCUUUUAGUUGCUGUAAUUACAUUCCUAUUGCGGAUUUUUAAAAACUUUGUUUUUAAAAGCUGAUUUAGACGUUCAGAGAAAUACAUGCACCGAUAUUUUUCAUAAGAUCUGUGUACAGCAUGAAGUGAUAAGCCUUUUAAAAAUUUGUAUUGUUUACAAAACAAUAAUAUGAUUGUUAAGUGAAUUGCAUUUACUUUUUUU